CGUCAGUGCGCAAGCGCAACAUCGCUUCCUCUGCCCGGGAAGAUGGCGGCGCGACGGAUGUGUGGGAACCUGGAGAUUCUUCGCCUGUUACGGCCUCGGCGUCAGUUUCACAGUGUCUCCCUGCACUCAUACUGGCUUCAUGGACCACAAUGGAAACAACCAUCUGGCUGCCUGUUCCCAACCAGACAAAGGUGGAAAGUGUCUGCUGGUGUCUACAAUCUGGGCCCAACCCCACGGUGCCUCAGCACAUCCACUGCCCUGUUUGCAGAAAGCCAGAUGCAGACCUCUCCCAUUCUCCCUUCAACCCCUUCUCCAACAUCAAUGACAGAAGUGGUUCCAGGUGGAGCUGCUGAUGUAGUCCAGGCUGCCGCAGAGCAGAGCCUCAGUGACCUGGGACUAGGAGGCUACACCCCAGUGGGACUGGUGCAGAACCUUCUGGAAUUUGUGCACGUUGAUCUGGGCCUACCAUGGUGGGGAGCCAUUGUUACAUGCACUGUUGUUGCAAGAUGCCUCAUUUUCCCCCUCAUUGUGAAAGGCCAACGGGAGGCAGUAAAGAUCAAUAACCACGUGCCGGAGAUCCACAAAUUUACCGCUCGGAUGAACGAGGCCAAGUUGUCAGGGGACAAAUUUGAAUUUUCCAGGGCCUUUUCAGAUCUACAGCUCUACCAAAAGAAACAUGAUGUGAACCCUAUGAGAGGAUUCAUUAUUCCCCUUGCCCAGGCUCCUGUCUUCAUCUCUUUCUUCAUUGCACUGAGAGAGAUGGCCUAUCACCCUGUGCCCAGCAUGCAGAGUGGGGGUCUCUGGUGGUUUCAGGAUCUCACAGCAGCUGACCCUGUCUAUGCACUACCCUUGUUAGUCACAGCAUCGAUGUGGGCAAUCCUGGAGCUUGGUGCUGAAACUGGUGUCAACAAUGCCAACCUGCGUAUGAUGAAAACCGUCUUCCGGGUGCUACCCCUGGUUGUCUUGCCCUUCACCAUCCAUUUCCCCACGGCUGUGUUCACAUACUGGUUCUCUUCCAACCUCUUCUCGCUGGCCCAAGUGGGAUUCCUUCAGAUCCCAGCUGUUCGCACUUGGCUGCGCAUUCCAAAGCGAAUCAUACAUGAGCCAAGCCAGUUGCCUACGCAGGAGGGCCUCAUUAAGAGCCUCAAAACAGGCUGGAAAAACGCCCAGACAGCUCACCAGCUAAAGGAGAGGGAGCGUCGCAUGCGGGAUCACCUGCAGCUGGCAGCUCGAGGCCCCUUACGACAGACCUUCACCCAUAAUCCCCUGCUACAGCCUGAAGGAAAACAGCCUUCUCCUGUUACUACCAGCAGCAAACCAAAGUCACAGAAGCCCUGGAAGGAUACUCUUGGAUGACCUGUGUACUUAGCAUUAACAUACCAGAGAACUUUCAUUACCAAGAGCCUCAGAGUUCUGAGAGCAAAAUCUGGACAGUAACUCCCUACCCUGAUCCUAGGAGCAGUGGCAAUGUGAUGACAUUCAUUCUCACAAGUGUUCAAUGCCACAGACUCUUGAUAGACCAACACACAAAGUGGAUAUGGGAAGGUUUUCAGUGGUAUAUGCAUAGCAAGCAUCUGAGCCAUGUACUCUUCUCUGGGAAGGUAAUAAACUUCUGUAUUCAUAUGGUA